AUGAAGAACUUGAAGUUCUGCAGUCGAAAAUUGGACAAUACUCUAAAACUUGAAAUAUCCAUCGAAUUCGACUCACCUCGCGUAGUUAACGUGUUCGAUGCAAACUCUUCUGCUUCACCAUCUUCGUCGCCUACCACAUCAAGGCGGAAGUCGGAAGGGCUUUCACUGAGCGUUUUACCUCCCGUGGUUUUGCAAAUUUCACUUCCUCCAUCUUACCCACUUUAUACACCGCCCGACAUCCUUUCGGUGCAAGUCAGCCUUAAAUGGUUUAGCAACGUUGAAGAUAUCAAAGAUGCCCUUUUCAAAUUAUAUAGUUCAGGAGAGACUGUGCUUUAUAAUUGGAUAGAGUAUCUUCGCAAUGGAGGCUUCCUAGCAGAUUUACAUGCUUUAUCGCCGGAUGAUGGGCUUUCUGUCGAAUCCAACAAUCAUGCACUGUGCUCGUCCUCAAUGUCAGAAUCUGGUAUCCCUACCGAGCGACGCAGAUCCGGACACUGGGUGGGCACGAUUCAGGCAGUGUGGCGAAUGUUCAUUCAGUUUUUGCGCCCUGUGCAAAAAUACAUGGAAUACCUUGCAGCUGAAGAAGAUUCUGUGGAACGGAGAACCAUUGAACUACGCUAUGGCCGAUCGUUCGUUCUCCGUCUUGUAGCUCAACAUGAACAAGAUCAAGCAACUGAACAGUGGAUUUCAUCUUCUACUACUCUUUGCCCUGGUUGCGAAUCUCCCGUACAGAAAAGCGAGGGCUGCAAUCAUAUGCAACAAGCAUUUUUGUUAUCGUUGCGGAGGUCUCCUGGACUCAAAGUCACCAUACAGUCACUUUUCGAAAGAAGGGAGUCCAUGCUUCAAGAAACUCUUUGA